AUGUUUACGUUGAACUUUUGGGGUCUAUUCAUCAAUGGGAAACCUGUCACUGGACUUGAUGUAAUCGUCCUUUCUAGUAAACAUGGAUUAGCUUGUUUAUGGCCACCGUCGAGGCGCUAUGUGGCAACACUGACCUUAAAGCCGGAACCCCCUAAAGCCCAAGGUACCGCGAAGAGAGGGAAACCUGUCUUGCAGCAGCAGGCCGAAAGACCUGUGGAUGGUAAAAAUCCGAGGGAUAUAUCAUAUACUGGAAGACACCUCAGUUUACCUUGUAAAAGGGAGAACAGUCCUACAGGCUCACUGCUACAGAAACCUAUGGACAACGCUCAACGACUUCUAAAGAAGCCCGAAAGGGUAGUGGGUAAUGCAAGGGAGAAUAGUAGUAAAGGCAUUUUUCAUGGGGAACGUUGUAAUUUGCGACCAAGAAAUUUGUGCUAUUCAAACGCCCACUAUAAGAACCUAAAAAUUUCGAGUGGAAGGAAAGAAUUUUGUGGAAACUAUUUCAUGAUUUCCCCGACCGCCAUCCUUUCACGAAACGCUGGUUAUUGGCGCCUGAGUAUAUCUCCUCUGAGGUAUAUCGGAGUGGUAGCCAACGUUAGUAUUAUGGAAAUGGAUAUCCAGAUUGCAUCCUACGACCUCCCUAUUGGACAAAGGUACAGCGAAGCUACUCAGCAAAAUUCUGAGAUUUGGAAGAAAGACUGUCACUUUAAUAUUGCGUGUGUUAAUCACAAGCAAAGGUUACAUGAUCCAAUUCAUCAAGAGGAUAAUGGAAACUUUAGUGAAUGCAUGGCUAAGUCGAGAAUUCUGGGUAGCACUAUGACCCAAAACUUUUAUGACAGUAUUGAUGAGAAGCUAAGUGUAACCAAUGUUAGCGUUAUAUUAAGCGUCAUUGGUAUGGUCGACUUAAAGGGUCUAUGCUUGAACUCAUAUUAA